UAAAGCUAAAUGGGUCCAGUCACUGGAAUGACGCCGGAUAAGAAAGCUGAAACGCCAGGAGCAGAAAAAGCUGCAGGAUUACGGCAGUGUCACGGGAUGGGAAGCUUGCCUGAUGCAGGCGAUGCCGGCAGGCCAAAGGCCACUGUGGUGGACAGAGAUUCAGCAGAUGACGAGCUCACGAAUUUGAACUGGCUGCAUGAAAGUACUAACCUUCUAACAAACUUCAGCCUCGGAAGUGAGGGUCUUCCAAUCGUUAGCCCCUUGUAUGACAUUGAGGGCGACAGCGUGCCAUCUUUCUCGCCGUCCUGCUACCAGAACCCCGAAAAAAAAUCCUCCACUUCCAAACCCCCUUACUCUUUCAGCCUUCUCAUUUACAUGGCGAUCGAGCAUUCCCCCAACAAGAGCUUGCCAGUCAAAGAAAUCUACAGCUGGAUCCUGGAGCGCUUCCCCUACUUCGCCACGGCACCCACUGGCUGGAAGAACUCAGUCCGACACAACCUCUCCUUGAACAAGUGUUUCCGAAAGGUGGAGAGAAGCCAUGGCAAG